CAGCUGCUGCGCGCUGACAUGGAUACAAGUGGCGUUUACUGCUGAAACUGGACACAUUACAGUGUGGCGCUGACACUGGGGGACUUCAAAGAACGGAAAAACUUCUUCCACGACCGCACUCAUGUGAUUUCCCCUUGUUUGAGCCAUGUCCAAGACCCUGAAGAAGAGGAAGAACCACUGGACUAACAAAGUCCAUGAGAGUGUCCUUUGCAGGAAUGAGGAGGGGGAGCUGGGGCUGGAGUUGAAGGGCGGCGCAGAGAAUGGACAGUUCCCGGUUAUCGGCGAGCUUCUCCCGGGCACAGCGGUGUGCCACAGCGGCAAACUGUGGACGGAUGAACUCCUCCUGGAAGUCAAUGAUACCCCGGUGGCUGGACUCACCACCAGGGACGUCCAUGCUGUGGUCAAACACAGCAAAGACCCCGUCCGACUCAAGUGUGUCAAACAAGGGUGGUGUAAUAUAGCUUGUAAGGGGGUGUGUUACAUUUAG